GCGAUCCCAGCUGUUGCCUUGGGGAAAGAGCUAUUCCCGUCUGCCGUGGGCUGGUCACAUGUCUUUGGGGAGUGUUUAGGGGAGAAGGAGCGGGAGCGAGCGCGCCGUUACGCACAGUCGACUUGGACAGUUCCAGGAUGUGUUUAACAACUGUUAAUGAGCAGACGGAGGAUCAGGCAGAUCAGAUAGUGUUUGGGGCGGUACUACCCCGCGCACAGUAGAGCAGCCCACUCAGGUACCAUAACAGACGCGGACAGUGAGUGAUCUACAGUUCCGACGCUCGAACCCUUGUUCAAACUUCUAGCGAUUGGCAUUUCUAUUGCGAGCGCAGGUUAAUAUCUACAGUGACUUGUCACGGAGUGCUGAGCAGGUGGCAGGAGGGAGGCCGGGUGUAAUGUGACCCAAGCCUGAGCUACAGCACCACAACACUGAGGUUUCGAGCCAGCUUCUGUGGGAAUUGAUGUCACUCUUGGAUUGGUUUAAUUGAAAAUGGAAACACUGGAGUCUGAGCUGACGUGCCCAAUCUGCCUGGAGUUGUUUGAAGACCCUCUGCUGUUGCCCUGUGCCCAUUCUCUGUGUUUUAACUGUGCCCACCGUAUCCUGGUGUCUCAUUGCUCCACCAGCAAACCACUCGAGUCAAUAUCUGCUUUCCAGUGUCCCACGUGCCGCUACGUCAUCACGCUGAAUCACAGAGGGCUGGAGGGCCUAAAGCGCAAUGUGACUCUGCAGAACAUCAUUGAUCGCUUUCAAAAGGCCUCCCUCAGUGGCCCCAACUCCCCUACCGAGAGCCGCCGCCUGCCGCCCCCACAGCGGCCCUUUACUGCUACCAUCAGCGCCACCAUAGGCACCCUGGGCGGCGGCAGUGGCACCAGUGGAAGUAGCGCCCGCGGCAGCCCGGCCACUUCCAGCCACUCGCAUUCGCUGGCCAAUCAUAGUAACCACACCAACCACAACAACGCCAACCACAGCCCAGCGGUCAUCGCCAAGAUGGACUAUCGUAUUAGCUGCCAGUUCUGUGAGCAGGACCCUCCUCGAGAGGCGGUGAAGACGUGUGUGACGUGUGAAGUGUCAUACUGUGACCGGUGUCUGAGGGCCACUCACCCAAAUAAAAAGCCCUUCACCAGCCACCGCCUGGUGGAGCCUGUCCCAGACACGCACAUCCGAGGGCUGACCUGCAUGGAGCAUGAGAAUGAGAAGGUCAACAUGUACUGCAUGGUGGAUGACCAGCUCAUAUGUGCCCUGUGUAAGCUGGUGGGACGUCACCGCGAGCACCAGGUGUGCUCCCUCACUGAGCGCUUUGACAAACUCAAGGCCUAUCAGAGCCCGGGCAGAGUGUCAGAGGCAGUAUUGGAGGCUUCAAAGACAAGCGCUGCGCAAACCUUGGAGAAUAACCUGACCAAUCUGGUGAAGAGGAAUGGUGAGCUGGAAAACCAAAUGGCCAAACUCAUCCAGAUAUGUCAACAGGUAGAGGUGAACACUGCCAUGCAUGAAGCCAAGCUGGUGGAGGAGUGUGAUGAGCUGGUGGAGAUCAUCCGUCAGAGGAAACAGGUCAUUGCUGUCAAGAUCAAGGAGUCCAAGGUGAUGAAGUUACGUAAGCUGGCUCAGCAGAUCGCCAACUGUCGCCAGUGCCUGGAGCGCUCCAGUGCUCUGAUCACACAAGCAGAGCAAAGCCUGAAAGAGAAUGACCACGCACGCUUUCUUCAGACUGCACGAAACGUCGCCGAAAGGGUCGCCAUGGCAACAGCCUCUUCCCAGGUCCUCAUCCCCGACGUCAACCUCAACGAAGCUUUUGACAACUUUGCACUGGACUUUUCCCGAGAGAAGAAAAUCCUGGAAGGACUGGACUAUCUAACAGCUCCGAACCCUCCCUCCAUACGAGAGGAGCUGUGCACGGCCUCUCACGACACCAUAACUGUUCAUUGGACGUCCGAAGAUGAGUUCAGCGUCACAUCCUAUGAGCUACAAUACACCAUCUACACUGGGCAGACCAACUUCAUCAGUUUGUACAACUCUGCAGACAGCUGGAUGAUCGUGCCCAAUAUCAAGCAGAACCACUACACGGUGCACGGGCUCCAGAGUGGCACCCGCUACAUCUUCUUUGUCAAGGCCAUCAACCAGGCAGGGAGCCGCAACAGUGAGCCAGCGCGCCUCAAGACCAACAGUCAGCCCUUUAAAUUGGACCCAAAGACGGCUCAUAAGAAACUCCGCCUGUCCAACGACUGUCUGACCAUGGAGAAGGACGAGAGCUCUCUGAAGAAGAGCCACACCCCCGAGCGCUUCAGUGGAACCGGGUCCUACGGCGCUGCAGGCAACGUCUUCAUUGACAGCGGGUGCCAUUACUGGGAGGUGCUGCUGGGUGCAUCCACAUGGUAUGCCAUCGGCGUCGCCUACAAAUCAGCCCCGAAAAACGAGUGGAGCGGCAAAAACUCUUCCUCUUGGGUGUUCUCGCGCUGCAACAAUAACUUCAUGGUGCGGCAUGACGGAAAGGAGAUGCUGGUGGAAGCGAGCCUGCAGCUGAGGAGGCUGGGCGUGCUCCUGGACUAUGAUAAUAACUCACUGUCUUUCUACGACGCUAUGAGCUCACAGCACAUACACACCUUUGAGAUCUCCUUCCUGCUGCCCGUCGUGCCCACCUUCAUGAUUUGGAACAAGUCGGUCAUGAUCCUCUCAGGACUCCCCGUGCCAGAUUUUGUGGAGGGAAACUCUUUGGACCACCAAGAGCAGCAACAACAGAUGGGGCUGUGCAGGCAGGAGUCGCCCUACUUGACCGGGAUGAAGAAUUGUCACUGAGAGAAAGUACAGUGGACGUCUGGAAAAGGGCACCCGGGCUGGAGGUCAAAGGUUAAGAAGAACUAAAGAGACUGUGCUCUUGCUCAGCAAAGUGGACACAAGUGGGAGAAAGGAAGUGCUGGGAAUAUGCACACCGCUUUUCUGUUUUGGUUUGCGUCCAGCCAAUGCUUUAGUUCAUGAGUGAGGAUAUGAGUAGGAUGGUUUUAUGACCUUAGACUUUAUCGAAGUUUGAUUUUAUUUAGAGCUUUGUUCUGCCAUAAACAUAGCCCAAAUAACAUUAAUUACAUACAAAAUAAAUAUGAUUAUCUAAGUUUACCAGUUAAUUGUGGAUGUGCCUCCAUACAGUCCACAGUUGGAUACUGGACUUUUGCCUUCACCAUGUGGUGGACAGUUUUUUUUUUUAUCUUAGCUUUACUCCUGUAUCAGUCAAGCUGGUUGUCCUUCAAUAAUCUUCCUCAAGAUUUGAUCCCACUUGUAAAGGUUUUUACUGAAACUUCCAACUUUGAGGAAGCUGAAAGUUGUUCCCUGAUAAUGGGAGAUUUGCAUCAUGUGACUACUCAACUUGUAUAAUAAGACGUUUAUUGAAUAUUAAGGUAAAAUGUGUUAUUUAAGACAAAAUUUAGGUUUACCUUUAUUACUGGUCACAACAAUAUUUGUGAUGCACUUUUAUGAACACAUGAGAAGGUGUUGUUUAAUGAACGAGGGCUACUGGCAUGACUGCUCAUUGUGUUCACCCACCACUUGAAUAAAUAUGAAUUAUGGUUACUUAUAACCAUAAUAAAGUCUAUUGCAAUAAUACUAUUUUCUUUGCUUUCUAAUUGCUCUUUCUGCAUUCUUAAAAAGGGAUAUGAUGUUUUGAAUCUUGAUGAAAAAAAAGACUUUUUAAUUUUUUUUUGUCAGUCACUAACUGUCACUGUGUCAUAGCAUGCUGAAGUGUCCCUCUGUGCUUCGUCCUCACACACAUUUGAUUUGCUUGUCUUAUGUAAAUGCAUGAAACAUUUUAUGAUCCCUUUUGCAGGUCAUUACUCUAUGUGUAGACUGGAACAUAUCAUUUAGGUUUGUCUUCAAUCUUGGUUCAAGCAUUCUUUUAAAAUAUGAUUAAGUGGGCUUUAAAUGAACACCUUGUGUAGUGAUAUUCAGGUAAAGCUCUGACAUAGACAAUCAAAUGUUCAAGGUUUUAGUGCAGAGUUUUGAUGCAUAUUAAAUACACUGGAGUUUGUGCACUAAAACAUUAACAUUUCAGUUGGAUUUCAACUUCCAGACUUAUUAACAGAGUUGUCUGAAAUGUUUGGCAGCAUCUGCUUUGCAGUGUAUCUCUUAUGAAGCUUUCAGUGUUGGCUAUUUUGAAAGGAUCACCUAAGUAAGUAAGUAAACACAUUGGGGACUUUGGGAAAAAGAGAACAUAUUUUCUUUUUCUUCUGUUAAAAAGAUUAGAAAAUUCUUCCUGACAUCCAGAUAUUUGGCCAUGUUGUUAAAUAACAUUGGUCAGAGGCUCCAAUUGGCAGCGUGUUGAUUUGCAAUGUGGACUGACAAGCUCAACUCAUCUGUGUAGGCAUGCUUGGGCGGGUCACUGCAUGAUUUUCUGACCUUGCUGCGGAUUUAUGACUUUGUCAUCAUCCUUAAAAUAGUCUACCUACAGACAAGGUAUUUAGUUCAUUUUUCCUCAAAAAAAUAUAAUUUGAUACAUCUAAGUCACACAGUCUUCACUGCCAUUCAUAUUAGAUUUGCCGUGUUCUCCUCUGUGUCCCAUCUCAAAUAUAUACAAUGAAUGAACUUCAGUAGGUUUCCACUCCUCCUUGUAGUGCAGUGUGAACCCUAGAGACAAUGCAAUACAGUUUUUUUUUCUUUUUGGUUGGUGUAACUGGGAGAUUAUUUUUUAUGACAACCAAGGGAAACCGCCUCUUCUUUAGCCGUUUGGACCUUGAUGAACAGCACAAAAGAGCAGCUUUGCUCUGAGGCAAGGCUUAAUGUUUCCAUAUACGAGUAUAUAAAAAGAGAAUUUAAGCCAGAGAAGGAUGUAAAUUAUGAGGGGAAAAUAUAUAUUAUAUAAAAUUGUAUUCUAUACAAAAUAUUAAUGAAACAAUGUUAUUUAUGUGAAGUCCAAUUAAAAGUCUGAUCAAAACUUAUCCUCACUGGAUGAUUUUAUUUGUCAGUUCAGUUGGUGUCUUUUAUAACUUACUUUGAGUGGUGCCUUCAUAGUGGAUUUUGAAAAAAGAAUAAAAAAUUGUCCACAUACAUAUUUGUUUGCCUAAUACACAUUGCAUUAUCCUGAGUAUUGUUUGCAGCAAUGUUUAUACCAUUCUUACAAAAACAAAUUUGUCAGCAAUUCACCAACACUGAUGGUGAUUCCUUAAACAUGCAUCAGUUUCUGAAAGGGAGUGGAUAGCACAUAGCAGGAGAGGCUGCCAGUCUGGCAUGGUCGCAGCAAGCUCUGCCCCUCAGCUUUCAUCUGUCACUACAGUGCAAAUGCCUGCCCAUGAGCAAUACACACAUGCACUAACCCUGCAGCCAUCAGCAAUGCGCUCACUUGUCCCUCAAUUCAAAUGACUCACAGUGGCUAGUGCAAAUUUGAAUAUAUUUGACCAGGCACACAGAGAAAGAGGCUCAGGCAAACAAGUAUAGUAGAAACAUUGGGCAUUUAGCUGAAUACUCUAAAAUAAUAGAACAAUGAUGGCUGCCUUAAGGUCCAUGUUGUGCACCUGAGGCCCCACGCAUAGGAGAUGAAUCGGGCCCACAGGGAUCUGUGGUCCCAGUAAAAUACAACACACACAGUUGUUGACCUUGGCUUGUUAUGACUGACCCUGUAAACAGAGGAACAAUAGUGACGCUGUUUGGAAUAUGACUUUUUCAUUGUGAGUAAAAAUGCAUUUUUAAGUUGUUUUAUACA